GCCACGCAUAGCAGACGCCUUCCAACUCGUUCCGCUUAUUUGUUUUACCUUGAGUACAACCCGGCACGCCCACGAGACCGAGCCUACGCCCAUACCAAGCGGCGUAAUUCGACAUCUAAGGCGUCAUUCGCUACACUUGCAGUGUGAUAGACCGGCGUUUAGGCGUACGUUACCGGCUACAUUUCGUCUGAGAUCGCCGCGAGAGCCAAGUGCCAUCUCCUGUGCAGCCGCGUGGUCUUGCCAACUUCUGGCAUCCGUCUAAAACUAUGGAGGACAACGUGAGGCACAUCGUCGAGCAAGCCGAGGUAACCGGCGGCCUGCACUACAAGAACCCGCCGGUUCCCUAUGCCUGUCCUCUACCCGUCAGCCCUACCGUUGGGUCGCAAAUCUACAUACAAGGACUGGUACCUGAGGUAUCCGUACGUCCCGAGGAGGAAGUCCAGUCGUUUUCCGUUAACUUUCAGAGAGGAACUGGGGAGGCAGAUCCCAUACAGUUCCAUUUUAACCCGCGCUUUGAACCGGAGGGACCGGUUGUUGUCCUCAACAGCCGCCAGGGCAAAUCGUGGGGUAGUGAGGAACGUGCGAGCCCAUCACCUUUCGCCAAGGGACGACCCUUUGUACUCGUCAUCACUGCCGUCGGCCAGGGCUAUGAACUGGCGGUUAAUGGGCUUCCUUUCACGACGUUCGAUUAUCGACAAGGACUGGCUCUUGCCGAUAUCACUCACCUCUGCAUACACGGGGACGUCAUCCUCCGUUCUAUCCACGUACCUGUUCCGGAGAUGCCAAAGUGCCUACGCUGCCCUCUACCAGAACCGGCUAAGGUUGGAGACGUUUUCACACUUAGAGGGCAGGUAUCGCCGUGGGCCGAGAAAUUUGUACUGAACCUGGCCGCGGGCCCGACCACCGAGGACGACCUGGCGCUGCACCUGAACCCCCGGUUCGGCGAGUCCGCCCUGGUGCGCAACUGCCGGCGCGGCGGCAAGUGGGGCGAGGAGGAGCGAGAGGGCGAGUUCCCGCUCGCGCCGGGACGCGCCUUCGAGCUCCGCGUCGACGCGCUCGAGGACGCGUUCCGCGUCUCCGUCGACGGCAACCACGUGUGCGACUUCGGAUACCGCAUGCCGCUCAAGAAGAUCACGUACCUCUUCGCCGAGGGCGACCUGGUCGUCGACGACGUGCGCAUCGAGAUGGACGACGUCGAGAAGCUGCGAGAACUGGCGGACAACUGGUCGUUGUACAUGCCCCCGGAACCUCCCAAGCAAGUCUUGGAAGUGGGUGACAUGGUGCCGGAGCUGAUGUCAGAGGCCCAGGUUUACUAUGAGCCGAAAAUGCAGCUGGAUACACCGGCGAAGCCGGUGUGCCAGCGACUGCCCGAAGUGAUGGCUCCGGGCCGCGUGGUCAUCAUCUCCGGCGUGGUGGAACCGAAACCUUACAGGUUCCACGUGAACCUGCAGACCGACGUGGGCGACACCGCGGACAUGGGGCUGCACCUGAACCCCCGCUUCGACACCUCACCGCGGAGCGUGGUCCUCAACUCCCGAGACCACGACCAGUGGCAGCAGGAGGUGCAGGUCGCCGGCGACAAGUUCCCCUUCUCCGAGGGGUCGCCCUUCGAGAUCCAGGUUCACUGCAAGGAGGACAAGUUCCGGGUGCUGGUCAACGGCUGCUACCUGGCCGACUUCCCGCACCGUCUCGACUGUUCGCGCAUCGACUACGUCUGCGUCGACGGCUCGCUCAUCGUCGACCGCAUCGUCUUCGCUUGAACAUGGACUGCGCACGGCCUACACGCGGCUUAUAUGCGCGAAUAUUCGCAACUGACACCACGUUGGCCAAUGUAGUAGUACACAGGCACAGCGUUCGUAAAGCCUUCUUGGGCGUCGUAGGGGGCGCUGUCGUAGGAAGCAACUUAGCUACGUCUUAACGAGCGCAAGCGAACUGCCUGGCUUCAACUGGCUCGCAUUGGAGGUACUUACAGGGUUAGGUAACGAUGUCGCUUGACAAAAGUUCACAGGGCUUUACGAAAGUUUGAGCAGUUGUCGUUAAAAUCAAACGCGUCGCAGAGAACAUCAGCAUAAAUUCUAUAACGGAGUGUGCAGCAAAGUGCCUUCCUUUAACUUGGAUGUACAAUGGAAUGGGGUAGCAAGGACAGUAGCUCUCAUUACUAGGCAGCGCAUUUAAGCAUUGAGGCAUAGGGGUCGCUACGUGAGUCCUACUAGAUGUCCCAGGAUCGAGCUUAGUUGGCCUGCAAAUUUUUGCCGACGCCUGUACGUGCGUCGCUGAUUUCUCGGACGCAUUUUUAACAGUAAUGGCAAACCGAAGGAAAUUCGUGCACGAAUACCCCUUGGCAGCUAAUAAUAGGUAUGAAAUUAGGGGUUUAAAUUGUCGCCAAAUGAACUGCGGUGGUUUAGCAUCACGGACGUUCGCAAUUCCAUUUUUUUUUUUCACGGGAACUGCUGAAACUGCGGCAACGUUGUGUUUGGAACGAAUAUUCGCGCAAUCCAGCCAAUAACUUAAGAGGUACGAGCUGCUAUAGCUUUAGCUUGAACAUUGUUACGCUCUCAUUUCCAAGGAAAACAAAAUACAAAAAAAGAUGCAUGAUCUACUGCACUGUCCUAGAUGCCAUAACUCUGUAAUGCAUCAGAGCAUGCCGUACGGUUGUUUGUUUGCACCGUUAAUAAUGCUCGACAUUGUCGUGGUACGCUAUAUGCGGUAUUCUGGUGUGUCUACGUGAAUGAGUAGGGAUGCAGUGUUACACAGCCACAUCGUGCGAAUAAUAUCACGCUUUCUUCACGAAAGAUAUGUUAAACAGUGUGGACGUUUUUGAACCUCAUCAUAUGCAGACGUUCCAAAAUGUAUGCGUCCCAUAAAUAAGCAGCGGUUUUAUUGUGUCUUGCGGCUUAUUUGCAUAAUUUGCACGCGGCUCGCGGUAAGGGUUGUUGUAGUGACGUAGCUCGCUAGUUGUAUAGCGUGAAACUAGUUUUGGUGAAAAACACGUUAUGCAAAUGUUUUGCUAAUGCGACAUUUUUUUAGCGUGCACUUGCGUACUUACAGCAAGAUAUAGCAUAACCGCAGCCUACUUCACGUCAACCAUUGUUUUCUAUUCACAUGGAGGGAACGUUUCUGGUGCAGCCUUCAGAUCGGAAUAUCAUUAUUAGUGAUCGCGUUUCUCUACGCGUUAUUGUACGCGGAAGCAACGCGUAAGUGCCUCGUGCGUCGAGAUUAACAUAAAGCCGAUUCGGUUUAUGUAUAUGUAAAAAAGUGCAAUAAAAAUAUUUUUUGCUCGUUUCAGAAAA